CUCGCCCCGGGCAUGGGAGCGGAGCGGAGUGACCGGAGCGGAGCUGCCGUGGGCGCACCCCCGGGAAGACCCUGGCCGAUGGCCUUCAUCAUGAUGAAGAAGAAGAAAUUCAAGUUCCGCGUAGAGCUGGAACUGGACGAGCUUUCCUCCGUGCCCUUCGUCAACGGCAUUCUCUUCUGCAAGGUGCGGCUGCUGGACGGGGGCAGCUUCAGCGGGGAAUCCUCCCGCUGUGCCUCAGCCAUGGAGCAGUCAUCUGUCGUGCCAGUGGCUCCCCGAUCCAUGGGUAGCGAUGGGGAAGUAGUGCAGGCAAAUUGUGUCCGCUGGAAGAAAAAGUUCUUCUUUAUGUGUAAGAUCAGUGCCAGUGCUACAACAGGGAUUCUGGAUACUUGCACUUGCAGGGUGUCUGUACGGAAGGAAUUAAAAGGAGGAAAGUCAUAUGCAAAGCUGGGAUUUGCAGAUCUAAAUCUAGCAGAGUUUGCUGGAUCGGGAAAUACCACUCGUCGAUGUUUACUGGAAGGUUAUGAUACCAAAAAUACAAGACAAGAUAACUCCAUUCUCAAAGUUUUGAUCAACAUGCAGCUGAUGUCUGGAGACCCGUGCUUUAAAACGCCUCCUUCCACAGCAACAUCUAUAGCAAUUGCUGGAGAAUCAGAGUCUUUGCAUGAAGCCAGGAAAGGUGGAGAAAACUUAAAAGUAGCACAUCUGGGUAUAGCAGGCGUCUCAUCAAAGAGUGCCUCAGUCCCAGAUGAACUUGGUGCAUGUGGACAUUCCAGAACAUCAAGCUAUGCAAGUCAGCAAUCAAAACUGUCAGGAUAUAGCACGUGUCACUCUAGAUCAUCCAGUCUGUCUGAACUCUGCCACAGGAGAAACACCUCAGUGGGGAGCACCUCAGUGGGAAGUACCUCAACAGGAACUGGAAGUAUUCUAGAGGCAUGUGAAGAGACUGAGCCGAAAGUAACUGAAGCUGGUAUCAAUACAUCUACUGAAGAUGCACCACCAGAAAAACAAUGCAGACAUCCUGUAAAGCAAGACUCUGUGGAGUCACAGCUGAAGAGGGUUGAUGCUACCAGAGUUGAUGCUGAUGAUAUAGUUGAAAAAAUACUUCAAAGUCAAGACUUCAGUUUAGAUUCAAGUGCAGAAGAAGAAGGUUUGAGAUUAUUUGUGGGCCCUGGUGGAAGCACUUCUUUUGGAAGCCACCAUCUACCCAACAGAGUCGGAUCUGGAGCAUACGAGCAGGUGGUGAUAAAACGUUAAACUGGAAUGUCAAAUGAGGAAAAGCUGGAGCUCUGGUGUUGAUACUUCUGGUGUUGUUUGCUCUGUCACAAGAGCUAAGGAAGACAAAAUGAACUCAAUGUGAUCUUUUUCUGAAAAACAGUGGAAUGCCUCUUGCUCAUAGAGCAUCAUCUUCUGUGGUAUGAAGGCAAUGUUUAGCUAUGUGUACCUUGAGAGAGCAAUUGGAUCAUUUUUUGUAAGCUCUGAUGUUAGUGGAAUUACUUAAUUUCUGUGAAACAUCUGUGGAAGUAUGUCCCAUUUCAAUAUUUUAUAUAAAGAGAUCACCUGUGGUGAUGGCCUUUGUUCAUAAUGUUGUUUCUAAAGAAACUUCUGAAAGCUGGUCUUAACCUGAAAAAAGUCAUUACUGAUUUUGAUCCUACAUGCCAUUUUAGUUUUACAGAAGCUAAUUACUCCUAUCAAGUCAAGUUUUUGUCAUGUCAAAAUUAUAGCCUCCAAAAAAACAGGCCAGCUAUAUUUUAACUUAACCAAAACCUUCUGAGUACUGAGCACAAUUUCAUUUUAAGGUUCAACAGAGGAGAUGAACAUCAGGUACAUUUAAAACAAACCCCCAAAACUAAAUAAAUCUAGAUCUAAGAUCUAAACCAGCAAUUAAUCAGUUGUUUUAACUGUAAAUUAAGGCUACAGGUUUAAAUACAUCAAACGUGACCUUUUUUUGGUUCAAGUGAUGAAAAAAAGUGGGAUUCCACACCAGAACACUAGGGCACAGUAGCAUUUUAUCAAGAAAGCUGCCUUGAUUAUUAAAUCUGGAGAGCAGCAGCUGCUCCCACAGAAACUGACUUUAAUAAUGCAUGAACAUUGAGAUGGAUGGUACUGUUUACAAACCUUGUCAGUAGUUUACUACCACUAAAUUUUUUUAAUUGUAGUUUAAUCCUUCACAGUCAGUGCUUUGCUUGUGUUUUGAAUGUGCUGUGCAGGAUUGGGGGGUGUGCAGGGAGAUUAAACCAUUUACUAAAGAAUUUAAGCUUUAAAACUAGGUAAACAUCUGUACUAUUAAUAUAACUUGUUAAGAGAAGCACUUUAUUGUAGGCAUACUCUGCACACUGAAAAAGUCUUUGUUGAACACUUCUUUUGCUAUCUGUCCACUGUUACAUUAGGUCAAUGUACUGUAUUUAAAUUUGCACAAGUAGUGAUUUGCCUGAUUGGCAAGAAAGAGCUCUUUAAAUUUUCUCUGAGAAUAUGAAAGAAUCAUUUUUUAAAGGUAUGUGUUGGGUAACAAAUAGGUAUAAUUAAUUGUAAACUGCAAAUGACUUAAAUUUUUUUAUACAUUUAGUGGUACUGUUUAUCAGUUAAGGCCUGGAAUAAGUAAAAAUAGUGUGGCCACUUUUGAAAGCUCAGAAUGCUUCAAAUUUUGCUCAGAGUGAUGUUUGGCACCUUUUAAAUUGAUGCAGAAGUAGGGCCAUAUUUAAAAGGUUAAAUUAGGAACAGCAGACUUUUUUUCCCCAGAAAUCCAUAGCAGAAUUAUUAAAUUUUUAUUUGUAUAUUUAAGAAAAUUUCAGCUUUCAAAGCUAGAAUGCUGUUAUUGAGUAUGAUGAAUAUGAGCUAUUUCUCAGUUUUGGUACUUGCAUACUUUUAUUUCUACUGUUAAUUAUGAUCUCUUUAGAGUGUAUAAUGAGGUAAAAGAAUUAAUACAAUGAUUCUAUUUUAGCUGCUCUUAACAGAAGUGUGGUAUUAUCAGCUUCUGUUCUCCACAGGAAUUUUAAACAGAAACUACUCAACUGGUGGUAUACAAAUCUCUCUCAGAACAUUGUCUCCUUUCCUGUUAUAUAACUAAUUCAUACCAAAAAAUCCCAUUGCAGGCAAAAGAUGCCAGAAAUUUGAAUACAUUCUUUGCUUUCAGUACUCUUUGACACAGCUAUAGUUGUUGAAUAAUCUAUUAAAACUAGUAGUAGCUAAAUGGUAGUUUACUUGCAUUUACUAGGAAAACUACAUGUAGUUUGAGGAAAACAGACUUUUAAAAAACACUGUACAGCUACUUAUGUAAUUCUCAAGGGAAUUCCCAAGGCCUAUUGCAUUUUAUGUUAAACAACACAGCUAAUGGUCCUAGAUAAUUUGUUUAUUAAAACCAGUAUUUUCUUGCCUGAGCAGAUCUUUUAAAUAAUAGUGAAGUUGACAAAGAAAUCCAUCUUUUCAUAAAACUGUAUCUUAAUUUAUUCUUCUGACUUGACUUACAACUCUUCAUGAAGUGAUAAUCUAACUGUGCAACAUGUAAGUGAAACAUAACCUUCAAAUUUAGGUGCUGUAUUUUCUUUUUUGUAAACUAUGUUAUAUGAAUACUAGAGGCUUCCAUGCUGUAAACUGUUUGGGAUGUACUGGUGGAUUAUGAGUUUUUUAAACUGUAUUUAAAUACAAGUCUCUCAGACGUUCAAUAAACUCACGUCUUCA